AUGACGCUGUACUACAGUCUGGUAUUCGUCCUUCUCAUGGCCGAGAUGGCCCUCUUCAUGGGGCUCAUCAUUCCCAUGCCCUUCACUGUGAAGCGAAAGAUGUUCAACUUCAUCUCCGAGUCCCCCAUUGUGGCCAAAUUACAAUACGGCAUGAAAAUCACCUUCAUAUUUAUCUUGAUCCUCUUUGUCGACAGCGUCAACCGCGUCUACCGUGUGCAAGUUGAGAUGUCUGCGCUCAUGAAGGAUUCCACUGGUGCUGGACGUGCUGCCGCUGUCGGUUCCGAGCGCAUGGAGGUGCAAGCCCGCAAAUUCUACAGCCAGCGCAAUAUGUACCUGACGGGCUUCACCCUCUUCCUGUCCCUCAUCCUCAACCGUACCUACAUGAUGAUCCUUGACGUCCUGCGUCUGGAGGAGAAGGUCAAGAUGUACGAGGGCGACUCGGCCGCCGACCCAUCCAAGAAGGAUACCCAGAAGCUUGACGAGGGCUACCGUGCCGAUGCCAUUGGACAGCUGAAGAAGGACUUGCAGAAGAAGGACAAGGAGCUCGAGGGUAUGAAGAAGCAGGCCGAUGGGCUCCGUAGAGAGUACGACGAGCUGAGUGUCAAGUACAACAAUCUGAACCCCGGCGACGGCAACAAGAAAGGGAACUAG